CUGUGCAGUUUUCAUUGGCUUAGCUCUCUAUACUCUCUUUUCGCGCACUAUUUCCGCGUUCAUAUUUUGGUUUCCGCGAUAUGAGCUGCUUGAAUUGAACUUAAUAACAGAGCGAUCUUCUUUACAUCAAAAAGAAAGUCUUUACAGCUGGAGUUAUGUCAGACCGGGGUUCUUUCGAUACUAAUGUAGUGACUUUGACGAGAUUUCUGCUAGAAGAGGGCAGAAAAGCCAAAGGCACGGGCGAACUGACAACUCUUCUGAAUGCGAUGUGCACGGCAAUAAAAGCCAUCUCGAGUGCGGUCAGGAAAGCAGGUAUCGCACACCUGUAUGGCAUUGCUGGAAGUACCAAUGUUACUGGUGACCAGGUUAAGAAGCUGGACAUCCUUUCCAAUGACCUUGUCAUAAACAUGAUCAAAUCUUCUUUCACUUCAUGCGUAAUGGUCACAGAGGAACAUGACAGCGCAAUCAUUGUGGAGCCUGAUAGAAGAGGUAAAUACGUGGUUUGCUUUGACCCUCUUGAUGGUUCAUCCAACAUUGAUUGCCUUGCUUCGAUUGGGACCAUAUUUGCCAUCUACAGAAAGUGCACAGACAGUGAGCCAUCUGAGAAGGAUGCGCUGCAACCUGGUAGAAACAUUGUGGCUGCUGGAUACGCACUCUAUGGGAGUGCAACCAUGAUAGUUCUCUCCACUGGACAAGGAGUGAACUGCUUCAUGUUAGAUCCAGCCAUCGGGGAGUUCAUUCUGGUGGACAGAGAUGUGAAGAUAAAGAAAAAAGGAAAGAUCUACAGUCUGAAUGAAGGUUAUGCCCUUUAUUUUGAUCCUGCCAUCAGAGAAUACCUGCAGAAGAAAAAGUUCCCAGAGGAUGGCAGUGCGCCCUAUGGAGCCCGGUAUGUAGGCUCUAUGGUUGCAGAUGUGCAUCGAACUCUUGUUUAUGGAGGAAUCUUCCUUUACCCAGCAAAUGUGAAGAGCCCGACAGGAAAGCUCCGACUGCUCUAUGAGUGCAACCCCAUGGCCUUCAUCAUGGAGCAGGCUGGAGGAAUGGCCACCACAGGGACCAUGAACAUCCUGGACAUCCAGCCAGAGAGCAUCCACCAGCGGGCACCUGUGGUGAUGGGUUCCCCUGAUGAUGUCCAGGAGUACAUUGCCAUUUUCCAGAAACAUCAGAAAUGAGGACCAACAGCCUGAAUAUUCACUAAGACUCCUUAUAAUAAAAAUAAAGAAGAGAUAAAAUACUUGACAAUCCAGAAUAAGAGUAAGAAAAAUAUAUUCUUACUCUCAAAAUACCUCUAUCAUGGAAAUCAAAUGCCUCCCCCUAAAACCAAAUGGUUCUAUGCCUCAACUUGAAAAUAAUUAAAUAAAAUAAUGUUGUAGCAAUUGAUUCUUAUUUACUCUAAAGCUGGGAUUAAUCUGUGUUGGGACACCAGUGUUGAAAUUGGAUUUUUAACAUUUUUAAAGGUUGUAUUUGAUUUUAAAAAAACAGUAUUUUCUGCAUCAGUCCAGACAAUCAUGGCAGCUAAAACUGUUGCUGAUCAAAAAGACAGACAUCUUACUAUUGACAGUAAUGGACAUGAUUUGAAUUUAAACUGAUAUUUCUUCCCAUCUGUGCAUACCAAAUAAUGACUUCUUUUAAUGGCUUUUUUGCACCUUAUAGAGGGAAGCUGUGAAUAAAGUUAACCAAACAAGA